UUUUCCACCCUUUUCCAAAAAUACAAAAAAGCGAAGUCUCAUAGACAUCACCAAUUUGCAGCGCCUUCUUCCCCUUCCUCUUGUUGGCUGCUCUCUCAGACUCUUGAGUUUACCAUGUUUAGGGUUUCUUCUUUUUCCUCAUCUUCUUCCAUUUUCAGGAUCUGAGCUUUAUUUUCUGAAUUUCCGAGCUUAGGGUUUCGCAAUUCAUACCUUCAAACCUCUCAACUCGUCGGAAACAGAAUUUGUAAAUCAAUUUUAAUUGGUUACUGUGUUUGUAGUUAGUUUUAAAAUUAUUGAAGCUUGAGGGUUUUAUGUAAUGCUGGAUUAAAUCUUUGUAAAUGGCACUGAAAUUAUCAGCUGCUAAAGCAGCUCAAGUGGCGAUACAAUCAAUUGGUCGUGGCUAUGAUAUAUCAGCGGAUCUUAGACUUAAAUUUUGUAAAGGUGAUUCUGAGCAUUCGAAUUUGAUUGAAAUUGAUGAAGAUCAUUGUCAAGAAAUUGCUUUACGUUCUGGAAUUACGAUUCCUAAUGUACCCACUUCCAUAAAAUGCGAUAAAGGUGAACGAACCAGAUUUAGGUCGGACGUCCUGUCUUUUCAACAGAUGUCAGAACAUUUCAACCACGAGAUAUCAUUAACUGGUAAAAUACCAUCCGGUCACUUCAAUACUAUGUUCGAGUUUUCUGGAUGUUGGCAAAAGGAUGCAGCCUACACAAAAACUUUGGCCUUCGAUGGGGUUUUCAUCACUCUGUAUACUGUUGCUUUAGAAAAAAGUCAACUUGUAUUGCGUGACUAUGUCAAACACGCUGUUCCGUCAUCAUGGGAGCCUGCUGCAUUGGCGAGGUUCAUUGAAAAAUUUGGUACUCACAUUAUUGUUGGGGUAAAGAUGGGAGGGAAGGAUGUUGUUUUUGUAAAGCAGCAGCAUUCAUCAUCCCUUCAGCCUGCUGAAGUACAGAAAAAAUUGAAGGAGAUAGCUGACAAGAGGUUUUCAGAAGCAAAUGGGCAGUAUGAGAUUAACUCCGGACAUAUUUAUCAGGAUGGAAAGGUUGAUGCUCGAGAACAGCGUCUGAGAUUUGCAGAUUUGAGUCCUUCUUGUUCAUAUUCACACAAGGAGGAUAUUGUUACCAUUUGUAAGAGGAGAGGCGGAAGUGAUACCAGGAAUCUUUCUCAUCAUGAGUGGUUACAAACUGUACAAUCUGAACCUGAUGUAAUUUCCAUGACCUUCAUCCCAAUCACGUCUCUGUUGAAUGGUGUUCCUGGGAGUGGUUUUUUAAGCCACGCAAUAAAUCUUUAUCUUCGCUACAAACCACCACUAGAAGAGCUUCAUCUGUUUCUAGAGUUUCAGUUGCCAAGACAAUGGGCUCCUGUGUUUUGUGAACUUCCUCUUGGCCCUCAGCGCAGCCAACAAAACUACGCUUCUCUGCAAUUCAGUAUCAUGGGUCCAAAGCUAUAUGUCAACACUACUCCGGUUGAUGUCGGUAAGAGGCCUGUGACUGGCCUGCGACUUUAUCUAGAAGGUAGGAAAAGCAAUCGCCUGGCCAUCCACGUGCAACACUUGUCAUCUCUUCCAAAGGUUUUUCAACUUACAGAUGAUCCCAAUGGAAAUUUUCAGCAAAAUCACUGUGACAGGAGAUUUUAUGAGAAAGUUGGAUGGAAGAACUUUUCUCAUGUGUGCACAGCUCCAGUUGAGUCUGAUGAUGUAUCAAUUGUAACUGGGGCCCAGUUGCAAGUUGGGGAUUAUGGUUUCAAAAAGGUACUUUUUCUUGGACUUCGAUUUUACGCAGUUCGUGGAGCUACACUAGUAAAAUAUCCAGAGUGGGAUGGAUCGCCUGGUUUGGCACGCAAGUCGGGUCUCAUAUCAACAUUAAUCAGCCAGCGCUUCACAGCAGUGGCAAAACCUGCACCACAUCCUGCUGAUGUGAACAUCAAUUCCGCAGUUUAUCCAGGUGGUCCUCCAGUCCCUGUGCAAGCGCCCAAGCUGCUGAAGAUUGUCGAUACUACUGAAAUGACAAGAGGACCGCAGGACACCCCCGGUUAUUGGGUUGUUUCUGGUGCAAAACUCGUGGUUGAAAAGGGUAAAAUUUCUAUCCGUGUUAAAUAUUCGUUACUAACUCCUAUUUUACCUGACGAGGAUGAGUCGGAAUAAGUUUACACACAUUAGUUUCUUGUCUCGGGAAAGUCUGAGAUAGUUCUAUAAGGAUGUCAUUGGAAGGGAAAUUUAUCGUGGAGAGGUGGGAUGGGACAUUGUGAUCGUGUAUGUAUUAUUUUCGGUGCAAAUCACCCAUAUGUAGAAGAAACAUUGCAUCAGAAUUCAGAACCAAGGAUGAUCGAAUAUUUGAGUAGGCAGCCGAUUCUUGUGGUGGUUGUGCGCGGACCUUCAGGUUUUACCCCCUCUGACCCCCCCCCCCCCCCCUUGUUCUUCACCAGAAGAACGAACAAAACAAAAUUAAUUUCAUUGUAUUAAUGAUUUGAGAAUCUCAUUUAUAAGAAGGGAAAGGAAAAGGCCGGAUGUUUGCCCUUCAAGUAGCCUUCUUGCAUUUGUACAUACGGGAAGAAUGAUUUUAUUGAAAACUUAAAAUUCUUGAGUAAGAUCAAUUCUCUUAUCAA